CUACGGGUUGUGUAGAUUUUUCGUUCUUUUUUCUUGUGGCAUAGAUGAAUAUGGCGAGUUCUGGGGAAAAGAAAUCCGACGGCGACCCUGGCGGUAGUGGAGUUCCUCAACGUCAUGCAAUCUCGCCAUACGAUCUUCAUGCCAAUGAUAAUCCGGGGUUGAUUAUCACGCAUGUUAUUCUCAAAGCUCUCUUCUUCUCCGAUCAAGCCGAGCAGCAACGCAAAUCUGCAAACUCGACGGCGGCGGUUCUCCUGGCAGCUUCGACGACUUUGGAUAGCGGCGACGGGAAAGGGCAACGUCGCGAGGCCAAUCGACGUCGAUUGGUUAGUGGCGGGCUACCCUCCGUUCUCGCGAAUAGCUCCCAACAGCAGCGACCUGCGACUCCCUCCGACGAUGAGUCCAGCAGCGACGGCGACGAAUUCCGCCGGUGACCCCCUGUCCAGCGACGCCUGUUCUGGCAAAGCGCAGCGGUAGACCGGCGACGGUGCCUGGGUAGUGACUCCGGCGAACCAGCGACAAUUCGGUGACCCCCUUGGUUCCGACGAAGAUCGGGCAGCAAGUUGGUCCAGCCAGAACGGGCAGUUUCGACAGUCAAUUUGGGUGACUAGCUCCGGGUGACGUUCCCUGGAAUUGAAUCGAACUAACGAGGUAAUAACGAGCUAAUCUUGGAGGGCACAGAGACGGAGGAGAUGUACGGAUGCAGUACUCGAACCGU